UACAGAAACUCUGUCACUCGAACCGUGGACCAAUGAGCGCGCAUGUUGCGAGGAAGAAACAGACGUGUGCGUGUGAAGAAAAGCACAUUUGACAGCAGACAGUGAAGACAUCAGCGCUAUCCAGAGUCAGUCUCGACAAAACCACAGCUCUUCUCUACAGUACUAGUGAAAUAAAUCGGCUCGUGAUGGACGGGUGCGUGCAGAUGUGUAAAUGUUUCCUGAUCUUGUUUAACAUUCUGUUUGCUCUGGUGGGGUUCGGACUAGUCUCUCUGGGAAUGUGGCUCCGGUUCGGCGCUGAAACCAGAGGAUUCUUCGACAUCGAUCUGAACACAAAACAGUUUACUAUCGGUGUGGUGGUGUUGGUCGUCACCGGUGUUCUGAUGCUGCUGGUCGCUGUUAUCGGCAAUUGUGGUGCAUGUAACCACAGUAAAUCUGCUCUUGGUGUGUUUUCUGGCCUGCUGUCCUUUCUGAUCAUCAUUGAAAUUGCAGCUGGUGUGAUGGCCUUCACGUGGAGUGGAAAGGUGUCAGAGGAAUUGGCGAAGUUCUAUGUUACAAUCUACAAUCAGUAUCUGAGCACCAAGAGUCCCGGUCAAGCCAUGACCCUCAAACUGUUCCACAACGCUUUUGACUGCUGUGGCGUCAGUGGACCGAUUGAAAUGUAUGUGCGUGACACCUGUCCAGAAGGCAACUUCCAGAAGCAGCUCUCAUUUCCUAGCUGUCCCAGUGUGAUCCUGGACAUGUUCAAGUCAAGCGCUCCGGUGGUGUUGGGAUGGUUUCUUGGGACGGCAGGAAUCAUGAUGGUGGCGCUGGUGUGCAGUGUCGUCCUCAGCAGACACUCAGUCUUACGCAUCUCCUCCUGCAUACGUGCUCCUCACCUCCCAGCCUUGGUGGCGCUGUUAUGCAGCUUCAUUCUCUAUAAGUCACCUGUCUGCUCCCAAAGUCCUUUUAGCAUGUGAUGAGAGCAGACCUGACCCUCCACUCGUCUGUCUGAUGGAGGGACGAACACUUUCAUCAGCCGCGCAGGUCAAGGAGAACCACACCUGAGUGUGUGUGUGUGUGUGUGUGUGUGUGUGUGUACCUUCCAGAAAUUAUUGUUUUAAAAAUGUUUUUUCUUGGUUAUACAAAUGUUAAGGGAACAUUCCAUUUUAUCAUUCUGCGAACAUUAUGGGAACGUUACAUUUGAAUGUUUUCAAACGUUCUAAAACAAGUAGAAACAUUUAGCAAAUGUUAGACGAACAUCCAACUAAAAUGUUUCAGAACAACAUUCCAUGAACAAAGUAUAGAUAAUAUUUUUGUACUAACGCUUUGAGAACAUUAUUGAAGACCAGAUAACUUUGAACGAAUUGUUUGUUUAUAACUUUGAGAGAACGUUGCCAGAACGUUAGAAAGGUCCCUGUUAGCUGUGCAGAAACAUGUUCAGACACAACCUAUAGCCUAAGGUUAGGGUUCAUUUCAUUUUAUUGCAUUAACCUUCAUUUAAUGGAACUUUUCAUUUCUGAAUUCUGCAUAAACGCUGUCUGUUACAAUCCCA